UUGUGGUGAGGUGUAAGACAAUUAAGGCGAUUGUUAGUCUAGCUGUGUGUCGCCUCCCCACUUUCGUCGUACGCUCUGUUGGGUUAAGACCGUGGGUCGACACCGGAGAUAUGUACACCAGAGUCCUCCUCCUCCUUCUUUUCUGCGUCGGAUAUGUUUACCCGAAGUUUCCUCCUCGAGGUAGGAGACCAAAUGGUCGACGUCAGAUCACCAACCUGUGUGAGGAAGUAGUGGGGCAGAAAUUCCUCAGCCACCCCUCCGACUGUACCAAAUACAUAUUAUGUAUUGGUACCACGCUGCACAAUCUCAACUGUGGAAACCAAGUUUGGGACGAAAAUCUCGGCAAAUGUGUCGAUAAAGGCAUGACCAAGGGGCCGGAUCCCUGUCGAAAACCUAAGAGAUGGGGACCACCACAGAUAUACGCCUCUCCACCCCGCACGACACCAGGAGGACGAAAAGCCGCCUGGAGAUUUGCUAAGCCCGUAUGUACUACCGGAUCCAAGAGAAGAAUAGCCCACCCGAGUAAAUGUGCCCAAUACUACGACUGUGGUUCGAAUCGUCAGGAAGACUGGUGGGGAACCAACCUCAGGGAAUGUCCCUACCCGCUUCUCUUUAAUGUCCGAUACGCACAGUGUGACCAUUACUCCAACGUCAGGUGCGGCCGCAGAGCUGUCCCCCUCGACCCCUGUGACUACAUUGCUAACCAGUGCAGAACCAUAUCCUGCCCUCCAUGCAUUAUGCGCUACGGAACAUGCAAAGGCCUCCCGAAUGGACUUCAUCCAUGGAAAAACCGGGAACAAACACCACACUUUCUGGUUUGCAAAGAUCAACGUGUUGUAUUCCAUGGCAAAUGUAUGUCUCCCAGUCCAGGGUACAGAUUCGUGUUCGACCCCGUUAUCCACACCUGUCUCCAGCCCAAGGAUGGCUACAAGUUCCCUUAAUUCUCCGCAAGGAUUCCGAUAUCCAUAUCAGGUGUUACAAAAGGAAUUAAAUUAUAUUUUUCAUAAUUGGACUGGAGUUGUUUCGUGUGUGAAAUGUACCAAUCAGCAUAAACACCGGCAUUUGGUUUUUAAUAAAUAACAGAUAUGAUU